AGGCUCGCCUCCUCUGAUUCCAGGCUUUGCCAUCAUCACUCUGUUCUCUUCUGCUUUGCCUCCUUGCAUUUCCAAUCUCAGCCUCUCUCUCUGGAGAUACUGUGAGCCUAUGUGCCUGUAAUGGAGCCAGCAGCUGACUGGUGUUGCUGCUACUUUCCUGUGCUAAGCUGAUUUACUUGUUUAAGGUCUGACCUCAUCAUCCUGUCAGUAUGGAAUCCCACCUACACAGCAGCAGUAGCAGAGCAUGGGCUGGAGGUGCUUGCAGCAUGCACCAGGCACAGGGACCAGUCUCCAGUCCUUGGCUCCUCAUGCACUAGAGGGAUCCACUGAUAUCUGCACCUUUCCAGGUUCCACUGGCUUUAUUCACUGCAAAAAAGGAGAAAAUGUCAGUGUCUGGGAAGAAAGAGUUCGAUGUGAAGCAGAUCCUCAGGCUGCGCUGGAGGUGGUUCAGCCACCCCUCACAAGGUUCUCCAGGAUCUGGGGGGUGCCUGCAGCAGGAAGGAUAUGAGCACAGGGGGACUCCGGUUCACAAUAGGCUCAAAAACCACUCACGGGACAGGAAUGGACUAAAGAAGACCAGCAGCCCUGUCCACAACAUCCUGGCACCGGUGCCAGGUCCAACCCCUGUCCACCAUCGGUCCAUCCAGUCCUGGCAACAACAGAACCUGAUAGAGCACUUGCAAGCCAGUGAGGAAAUCCCCAAAGCCAACAGCACAGAGGAGAAACUGGGGAAAGAAGAGGACAACAGCGUCCAGGAGGUCGCCAUCCCCUCCCAGGAGAGCAGGGAGGAAACCGCCGACAGGCUUCCGCUGGCGAGUGUCUCCCCCAAUAGAAUGAACCCCACUGGUUCUGAUGAAUACUUUCAAAGCUUGAACCAUGCAGAACAGACCUUCCGCAAGAUGGAGAGCUACCUCCAGCAGAAGCAGCUGUGCGACGUCCUCCUGAUUGCCGGAAACUACAAAAUCCCAGCGCACAGGUUGGUUCUCAGCGCAGUUUCAGACUAUUUUGCCGCUAUGUUCACCAGUGAUGUCCGCGAAGCUAAAGAAGAAGAGGUAAAGAUGGAAGGAGUGGACCCCGAUGCCCUUAAAUCCCUUGUACAUUAUGCUUAUACAGGUAUUUUAGAACUCAAGGAAGACACCAUAGAGAGCUUGCUGGCCGCCGCUUGCCUUCUUCAGCUUUCCCAAGUUAUAGAAGUUUGCUGUAACUUUCUUAUGAAGCAGCUUCAUCCCUCUAAUUGCCUGGGCAUUCGGUCAUUUGGGGAUGCACAAGGCUGCGUGGAGCUCCUGCGGGUGGCUCACAGUUACACUAUGGAACAUUUUAUUGAAGUAAUCCGGAAUCAGGAAUUUCUCCUUCUACCGGCAACUGAAAUCGCCAAACUGCUCACAAAUGAUGACAUCAACGUGCCAGAUGAGGAGACCAUUUUCCAGGCGUUAAUGCAGUGGGUGAAACAUGACAUACAGAUGCGGCAGAGGGACCUGGGAAUGCUGCUCUCCUACAUCCGGCUCCCACUGCUCCCUCCUCAGUUACUUGCAGAUUUAGAAAACAGCCCAAUGUUCACCAAUGAUCUGGAGUGUCAGAAACUUCUGAUGGAAGCCAUGAAAUACCAUCUCUUACCCGAAAGAAGAUCGAUGAUGCAAAGUCCUAGGACCAAACCACGAAAAUCCACGGUCGGGGCUCUUUAUGCAGUGGGUGGAAUGGAUGCUACCAAAGGGGCCACAACAAUUGAGAAGUACGACCUGAGGACAAACAGCUGGAUACAGGUCAGCACCAUGAACGGCCGGCGUCUGCAGUUUGGGGUGGCCGUGAUUGACAACAAGCUCUAUGUGGUCGGAGGAAGAGACGGACUGAAGACAUCAAAUACUGUGGAGUGCUUCAACCCCAUCACCAAAGUGUGGACAAUAAUGCCACCAAUGUCAACCCACCGACAUGGACUGGGAGUGGCCGUGCUGGAAGGUCCCAUGUAUGCCGUAGGCGGCCAUGAUGGAUGGAGCUACCUGAACACAGUGGAGCGCUGGGACCCGCAGGCUCGGCAGUGGAAUUACGUGGCCAGUAUGUCCACACCCAGGAGUACGGUCGGGGUGGCAGCUUUGAAUAACAAAUUGUACGCUGUCGGGGGUAGAGACGGCAGCUCCUGUCUUAAAUCCAUGGAAUGUUUUGAUCCUCACACGAACAAGUGGAGCAUGUGUGCGCCCAUGUCCAAGCGGCGGGGAGGCGUUGGGGUGGCUACAUACAAUGGAUUCUUGUACGCCGUUGGGGGCCAUGAUGCGCCAGCAUCAAACCUAUGUUCUCGGCUGUCAGACUGCAUGGAGAGAUAUGAUCCUAAAACUGACAUCUGGACGACGGUGGCGCCGCUGAGCGUUCCUCGGGAUGCAGUUGGCGUUUGUUCUCUUGGUGACAGACUGUACGCUGUGGGCGGAUACGAUGGACAGACAUAUCUUAAUACGGUGGAAUCUUAUGAUGCACAAAGCAAUGAGUGGACGCAGGAAGUCCCUCUGAACAUUGGACGGGCCGGAGCGUGCAUUGUGGUCAUAAAGUUGCCAUGAGCGUUUCUAAUGUGUCCCUGGGACAGACAGCACAAAAAAGGUCAAGAAGAUUCAUUAGUGGAUCUGAAACCACUGACUGACUCUAUCAACGUGGCCGACAGGAAGGAGUCCUCCGGAUAAAGUCUGGAUUGAUGAAACUGCCAUUUUAUAUCUUGGGCAAAACUUUGUUGUACACUGAAAAUUAUAUUAAAGCUAAACUAAUUUUAAAAAAAUCAGGAAAGCGAAAUAAAAUAAAAUAAAAAACUUUAAACUUUAAAAGUAAAAAAAAAAAAUACACUGGGAAAUGGCCACAUUUUACAUGUAAGGAAAAAAAACGUUGUCUUUUAAAUAUAUUUUAUGUAACCUUAUAGAAACCCAGAGGAGACGGCGCCUUAUAUUUUAAUAUUGAAUUCUAUAAAGUAAUUAAAGGGAGGGUUUUUAUUAAGGAGAAGAAAAUGAUCAAAGUGAAGAUUAUGA